AUGAAGAAAACAGUAUCUAACAAUAAUGUCCCAUUUCUAAUUUAAAUUUAUUCCUUCUGUGCUAUUAAAAAUUAUAAUGCAGAACAUAAAAUAUCUAAUAAAUACUUAGAAUAAACUUAGCCAGAUUAAAACUUAUUAAACUGUUUAGAAUAUCAAUUGUCAGAUUAAAUAUUCAAUAUCUGGUAUCAAAUACCUAAAAUUGAAAAUCCUUUGAAUAGAAAAAUGUAUGAAAGGCUAACAAAUAAGUCAUUCGCUAAGGUCUUAACUGAUCAAACAAAGGAAGAAUUACACAUUCAUAUAUUGACUGGUAUCCAUGCCUUAAAUAUUGCUUAUUAUUAUGAUAUUUCAUUAGAGUUUAUUUAGAAUCUUAUUUAUGUCCGUAGACAGUUAGAAUAGAGAGAGAAAAUUAAAAACAAUGUAAUCGUCAAUUUAAACCCAUUUCUAACUUAAUUUUAACUUAAAGGUUAUUAAAGUUAUAUUUACUAUUUGUUACAUAGUUAAAUUUGCAUGUCCAUGAAAAAUAUAGCUUUAUACAUAGAAUACCAUACUUUGUUGUCCUCCAUAAGUUUUUCAGAAUAAAUUUAUAGAGAUCUUACUUUCUGUACUUUAAUUUACAUAAUAUGCAAAAGAUCUCAUUAGGAAUUUAUCCGAAAACUUUAAGAAUUGGAGAAUGAUGCAAACUAGGCGAAAGAAUUUGAAGGAUCUCUAUAAAUGGAAUAGUAAAUAAUUGAUGAAAUCAUAGAGUUAAGAACCUUUCGAGAUUUUAAGUAAUAAACAAUGAAGUUAAUAUUACCAAAGAAGUCUAUCACCUUCUUAUAAACCCUAAAGUUCUAAAAAGUUUAGAUAGAUGAAGAAUUUGAUGAUUCCCCUGUUCAAAAGUUCUUAUAGAUAUUAAUUGAAUUAUCUAAAAGUGGAGAUGAGCAACCAUUAUUUUUGUUGGCUGCAAUUUUAAUCAAUGUGGAGAAAGUCAACAUAGAGGUUUAGAUGGCAUUGGAAGCUGAAUUAAUAGAAUAAAUUCCUUAAAAACGCAGAAGAAUAAUUGAAGAUUUAUUGGCAGUAGCUAAUGAAGAGUUUGAAAAUAGACAAGAUUUAAUGUUAAAGCUGAUUAAGAAAGGAUAAAGUGUAUUCUCAAAGUUAACUGAGAUAGUACUCCCAUAUAACAAUAUUUCAAUGAAAACUUUUAAAAAUUUUUAAGAUGAUGCACUUAAAGAUAAAUCAUCAACAGAAUAAAUCAAUAAAAACAUUAAUUUUCAAUUAGAAUAGUAAGAGAAGAAAAAGUUUAAAAGCUUGUAUGUUGGGAUGAGGUUCACUACUUAUUAACCUCUAUUAAACGAGAAGAUAGGAUUUAAUGAUUCGUUACUCAAAAUAGGAGGAUCUUCAGAAAUUUAUGAUUAAGUCAAUAUAUUAAGAAGUAAAUUAAUUGAAAUUUUGUACACAAAGUAAUUAUAAAAACCUGUGCAUUUUAAUUCAAUUAGGGAAGAGUUGAAAAGACUUGCUUAACUAGAAAGGGAGUUAGAUGAUGAAUUCGUUGAAAACUCCUAAUCUAGAUAUGGAAGAAUUCAAAAAAGAUAAUUUUAAGAGGAACUUGAAGAAUUCGAUGAACAAAUAGAGAAAUGGAUUCAAGAAAACAGUUAGUUGUCUAAUAAAUUCCAAAAUAUUGAAACUCAAAUAAACAAAAAUGUUCAGAAAUAAACCAUUGCAAUGUGUUUAAUUUAAAAGAAAACCAAUUAGAUAAACAAUAAAAGAUGGUGA